AUGCUGGGUACUGUUAUAACUGGUGCAAGCCAGGAAAUCGGUGUGGUUUGUACUAAUAGCGUAGGCUCUUCAGUGUUUGGUGUUAUAGGGUCUGGUCAAACAUUAUACUGUAUAGACGGGGUGCCAUACGGAUCUGUUGCUGGGAAAAAGAAGAGUAUGGCGACCAAAAUGCCAGUGCGUAAGAGUUUUUGGUUAGUGUGGGUGAUGUUGAUAUUGUUUACUGUUACAGUGGCUGCCGAAGAAGGUGAACGACUCGAUCAUAUACCGCAUGAUUUAUUCCACCAAGCUAUUUAA